AAUACAUUUCGCCUCAUUCUGUGUCUGUCAUUACCUGAUGGUCACCACUAUUUGGUUCAUUUGGGAGAUUUCACGCAAUGGUUUGGCGGCAGAAGAGCCUAUUUCUUAGUGCCCUUUAUUGUGAUUAAUAUCAACGCCUCGUAUCAGUCGCUCAUUUAUUUAAUUUCAAAUGAAAAGGACUUUCUAUGGAUAAAGAUCUUCGCGUCUCUCAGAGGUCUGAUACCGCCCUCACAGAUGGGUAUUUGGAAGAGGAAAAUACUGGAAGAAGUGAAUGAAUUGUUUGUCAAAAGUGCGUCCCGUAUAUCAUAUAAGAAGAAGAAAUGGCGUUCAGAUGUGACAGACAUUUGCGUCCGCAGCGCUGAUUCCGACAACUCUUCAACAGCCAUACAA